AUGAGAGGUCUCCUCCUCGCAGAAGUCGGGGAUUCGAUGGUAGAGUUCGACGUGUACGGCAAGCCUGGGGAAUCCGGGUAUCGAGUUGGCCAACGCAUAGCAACGGAGUCUCUCAUGCCUCCGGGAAGCUCGAAAUUUAUCCCACCACCCCGAAAGGUCCUUUCCGCCCCAGGCCCUGUUGUCGGAAGCAUGGCAAGCCUAGCCACCAGCGCGACUCUUUUCGACGUCGACGUCGCCCCUGUCCAGAGUGGACCAGAAAUCAAAGCCCUCCUCGGAAACUCGAAUCCCAGACUGAAUCCCAGUGUCACCGUCCACCUACGCCCGGCAUUACGCAACGCAGAUAGCAGUGGAGAUCUUGGCACCGAUUUCAAGCCCAUUGCGCUAGAAAAGGCGAAGUGGCGGUCGCGUGUAGAAGUGGACAUCGUACUCGAGAACCACACUUGCGUGCAAGGCAGCUACCUCAAGGGGUCAGUCAAGAUCCACAUCAAAAAAAGCUCCAAGAAGGAUGCACCAUUGCUGCUUUCUCAGGGGAAAGUCAGGAUCGUCGGAUUUGAGUGCAUACCGCAAAAGGAUAGCAGGUGCACGUUUUACAAAUACUCAGCUCUUCUAUCAGAAGUUGCUCCAUUGUGGAAAGGUCUCUUCAAAUCACCACCCGAUAACGAUGACUGGGCCGAAGCGCAAGAGGGCGUCCACGUCUUUCCGUUCGCGAUGCUCCUUCCUCCAGAUGGUGGCUACGGCAUGGCGAAAGGGGCUUUGAAAAUAAACUCCGGAGUGGCGAUUAAAUACGUUGCUAUGGCAGAGAUCAAAGUCAAGGACUCAGCAACAUCCAAAGAAUCCAUCGCUCACUUCUACCGCGACUGUGAGGUAUGGCCACGUCUAGACGUCGUCUCCACGCUCGCUACAAACUCCCGCCCACUAGUCGCAGAGGUUGCCACUAGAGUGUUCAUGGGUGGCCCAGGAAAAAUAAGGCUGUCAGCCCGUAUCCACCGAUUCUACUGGGUCGCUGGCCAAAGUUGCACCGUUCAUUUUCGAGUGGUCAAUGACUGCAAGAAAAUGGUUAAAGGCGCCGCCAUUGCGCUGAUACGGACACUAACCGUGUUCAAACCGAAACCGCACUUGGAUGCUGGGGAUGCUGAUCCGGAUGCUUGUCAAACCUCAACAAAGGAAAAGUGGAUAACGGAAAGCGUCCUUGAGUUAGGACAGCGUUGCUCUAAGGGACAUGGGAAUGCAAAAGGGUGGUGGACAGGUGUCGCUCCCGGUCAGACGAGCGAGUUCGACCACUCUUUAAUAUUACCACCCGACGUUCACUCUAUUACCCGGACGCGACUGCUGGAGGUUGAGUACACGCUUCGCAUAAACUUUACGAAGCGCGAACCGUGGUACCGAAAGUCACGUGCUAUAAGCGGAGAUCUUGUAGAGACUGACGAGACAGUCCCUGGUAUGAAGUAUACUAGGGACAUAACAAUUGCCACAGAACCAGAGAAUGUCGAUGAGGUGCCCGUCUCGAGUGAAGAACAGCAUCAAGACCCGAACACAAGUGCAGAUUCGGCGUCUAUUUACCCGCCUUCUCAGUCUGCGGACACCAUCGGAAACCCUCUCUACCCCGUAUCCGAGGAAGACAUCGAUCAAGACCCGGGGACACCCAGUGGCACUGCGGGCUUCGCCAGACAUAUAACAGCUUCAAGCAGUGCGAUAGAACCUCAUAUCCUUGCGCGCCCCCGAGGACCCCGUUCAACACCAAUUCAGCUCCAACCCCCCCAGGCCGAAAGCACGCCCAACACGACGUUCCUUUCUCGUCGCAUUGAGGAGCGAAUGCAGAGUCCAGGCGCAAGCUGGGUGAUCGUCAAGCCGUUUACCGAACAUCGAGCAGAUGCGAUUAAGACGCAGAAGUCACGUAUCCCGAACUUUGGGAGCUCGUCGAUGAUCCUUCCCAGACCACCCUGCGAUAUUAGAUGA